AUGAUUCCCAGUGCUCUUCAGUACUUGACAAAGCGUCUGGCCGAGAUCGACCCAGACCGUAGAAGCCGCCUGCCAGAGCCGGAACACAUACAAACCCAGAAGGAAAAUCAGAUUUCGGAGACAUCACCCAUCUCUGAGCAUGCCUAUGCCCACGUCCUCCGGGCCAUCAGCGUGUCCAUCCGCAGCUUACACACUACGAACUGCGUGGGCAGCCAUCUGGGGCUUCUACACGAAUCCAAGUUAUUUUACCCAACCGAACGACCGCCUCACAAGCUUCCAGUACAGGGACUUUACUACGAGUAUCUCGGCAGGCGAGCAGGUUAUGGCGAUGACACUCAAUUCGCAGCAAUCAACCCUCUGCGGAUCCCUUUCGAAGUUGCGCGGCACAUCUUUGACAACUACGUGACGACGAUCCUACCGCGAUAUCCUUGUUUCACUAGCAAUGAGCUAUGGUAUCAUUUUGGGCAGGUAUACUCCAAGCAGCAAGUGGACAGCUCCUCGCUCCUGGGUGCCAGCCGAUUUGUUGUGUCCAUGGUCUUGGCAAUCAGCUCACUGACAUCGAGGCGUGAAGACUUCUCCAGAGUCGCCUCAAUGAGCGAGUCGCUUCACCGGGAUGCUAUGCAACACUGGGCUUUCCUAAAACAGUCUAAUAUCAGAUCGCUUCAAGGACUUCUCUUGCUGAUACAACUAGGCUUCUUUUUGCCAUAUAUCGAUAAUGUCUUUUUCUUGAGCGGCGAAGCCGUACGCAUGGCCAUCGGGCUUGGCCUUCAUCAAGAGGCGGAUCCUGUCCAAGGACUUGAUCCACAAAGCAUAAGCGUCCGACGGCAGAUCUUUUGGUUGGUCUACCUGAUUGACAGGACUAUUGCUAUCGCGACAGGAUCGGCCCCCUGUGUCAGUGACGAGCAUAUCACCACAUGCUUGCCAGGCGGCGGCGAAGGAGGAAGCUAUGCCGCCGACACCUCUACAGCCUCUAGGGACGAACGACUCAAUGCAAAUCAUUUCCUGCUACAAAUACAAUUAUGCAGACUCCAGUCUGAGAUAUACGAAAUCAAGUUCUUCGGCCGGGCUAUCCCCGACCAUUUAGACAGCCACGAUAGCUGGGUCCAGCACAUGGACGAGUGUAUCGGUAGCAUGCUUGAUCCUUCAGCCACAUCAGACGGUGUCGUGCCUCAAUGGGUAGAAAUUAUUGCCCAUCACAGUCGAAACUUGCUACAUCGGCCGUUUCCUGGAGAUAUGGCCCCAAGUCACGACUCCUUACUGGCCGCAACCACAAGCGCGAUCAACCUAAUCAACUGCUACCACAGAACCUGCCAAGCUCCGCGGUUCAUCUGGACUUUCGUGGUCGUCAACAAUGCUUUUCAAGCAGCAAUUGUCCUGCUGUACAUCUUUGCAAACUAUGAAUACGUCAUCCGUGGGAAUUCACUAGGAGAUGAGCUUCUUUUAUCUCUUGAGAAACUCAUGAACAUCCUUGAGGUCGGAGCACGAAGGUGGCCUAUCAUUGCCAUCACCAGCAUGUAUAUCAACGAUCUCCGAGAUGUCGUCAUAUCGACCCAGCCAAAUUCGAUUGGCUCAGCCAAUGGUCUGAAGCUCAUUUCUGAGCUCGAGUUACUGCUCUCGCAACGUCGCAUACGCAGUAUCUACCAGGCAAACACGGAGAUACAACAUGCAUUUCCGCCUUUGGGACCUCCAUCGCCUCAGGAAUAUUCUCAACAGCCUUUUUCCGACGAUGUAUGGCACGAGUUCAUGGCAGCUCAGUUUGAGUUCGAGGAGCCGUCCUCUCUUAAUUUUCUCGACUCCUCUUGGCUGACCCAACAGCACCAAACGGCUGUCGCGGCUACUGCAGAGGCUAACAUGCCUUUAGAGUCUACGACGCUUCCCAAAUCUAGCCGUACGGCAUCGCCACAGCUCAUUUGCGGUGCCAACCUCCUGAUUCCAGCUGCGGCAACACCCAUGCGCGACUCAGCAAAAAACCACGAAGAGUCCGAAUCUUCAACGAGGACCACACAUCCAGAUUACAUAUUCUUUGGCACAUCAAGUCAUCUUGCGGCCAUAAAUUCUGUUAUGAUUCGACUGGCAGAAAGCUCCUCUGGGCUGGAAGUCAAGAUUAGACCGAAUUCCGACACCACCCCACCAACAUGCCACGUCAAUCCUCCAGACAUUUCGAUCGCCCUACGUCUAUUUGCGAUAUUCAGCAGAUCAGUCCAUGUGUGGUACCCGGUACUGAGUGACAACUGUUUGCAGGGUUUGCUCUCCUGCUGCUACGUUGAGCCCCUUGACUCUUUCCUGGACCCCAACCAGGAGCUGUUCUAUUUGGUCCUCGCCAUAAGCAGCCAACUAUCGAAGAGGGCCGAGCCCUGCAUUGGCUAUACCCCUGCUGCCUACUUUCACAAGGCUACUUCACUUGCCAAUACUAGCUGUGAACAUUCGUCGGGGUCCAGCACUUUGCAUCUUAUGCAGAGGUCUCUGCUCAUUUGUAUCUACUUGCUCCUGAGUCCGGGUGGAGGGGAUAUCUGGAGGAACCUCGGCUUUGCGAUUCGCCUCUACUUUGACAUGUCCCACGGCCGCUAUGAGAAUAUUGAAGACCUGGACGAGGGCCAACUCACCAUGCUCGCCAGAACCUUGUAUUGUAUUGAGGGGAAUGUGACUGCCGCAUUCGGUCGGCCAACGGUUUUGAUAAUAGGGGAUAGACUGCGUGAUGAUCUUACUCAGCCAGUCUCUAAUACGAUUGAGGAACGUAUAUCUAUUCAGUUCUACCGGAUAUCGACCCUGAAAAUGCAAUUGCAGAGCCUCAUCCUCUCGGAAGCGUCUUUGCAGCACAAUCCAAAAAGAGUGAAGGAAAGAUCCGAGGCUAUUCGAAAAGAUUUGCUCCAGUGGUACCAAUCCUGGAAGACGGACUUCAUGCCCAAUCUCACGAGCGAUCUAUACGACUGGGAAGGGGCGCUUCAAGAUCUUGAGGCAUGGGCUAGUUUGGAAUACAAUGCGGCCAUCCUCUUGCUGUCCAGGCUGUCCUCAGGGAUGGGGGAUGUCUUCAAUGCUGUUCAAGAAGUCGUGUCGUGCAGCAGCGCGCUUGUUAGACAACAUCAACUAUCGUUUUGCACUGUUUACGACCAGGAGUCACCUCGCCAGCUUCCAGUAUUUCCUACCGACUGGACGUUCUCACAUCUCCUGUUUUCUGCUGCGCUUCAUCUAAUUCCUUCCAAGAAACAUGAUGCAGCUGGAUAUAGUACUUGGGACCGAACAGUGCGAUCUUGUUUGGCAACUAUGGCGUUGAUGGAACCCGAUCCUACUAACUUGGCGAUGGGCUUUUCAAAGAUAUUGGAGGACUUGUAUUACUAUGAACCUGACGACGGAAACAUUCAAACUGCAUAG